AUGGAGGUCUCCUUCUCCGUGCCACCUCCUCCGGAUGCCGCAUCUGCUGUCGCGGCCUCCGCCGCGGCCCCAUCACUGGCGCCCACCGUGUCGGCGGCGGCGGCCGCCGUUUCCUGCUCGCCGCAGUCACCGACGGCGCCGCCCGCGGCGGACGACAGGGUCCUCGUGUCAGUUGAGGUGCUUCUGCACUCCACAAGCACGGCUCGAGCCGAGGACGUCUGCGCGGCGGUGGAGAGAAAUGGUGGGUUUCUGGAAUUUUGGGCGAUGAUUUUGAACAUUGAUGGAAAGCGGAUGUUAGAAGCUCGAAGCUUAAGCUAUGUCGAUGGCCCUGUCCCUAUUCCUAACGAUGAUAAUUUUCUUCUUGCAAAUGUUAAAAGGAUCCAAAUCUGUGACACUGAUGAAUGGAUUGAGAAUCACAAAGUUCUGUUGUUUUGGCAAGUGAAGCCUGUUGUUCAUGUGUUCCAGUUGAGCGAAGAUGGUCCAGGUGAGGAACCGGGUGAGGAUGAUACACUCUCUAGCUUCAAUGAGUGGGCUUUGCCUGCCAAAGAAUUUGAUGGAUUGUGGGAAAGCUUACUAUAUGAAGUUGGUCUCAAGCAGAGGUUGCUGAGAUAUGCUGCUAGUGCUUUGCUGUUUACGGAAAGAGCUGUAGACCCAUGUCUUGUUUCAUGGAACAGGAUUGUGCUUUUGCAUGGUCCACCUGGAACAGGAAAGACUUCCUUGUGUAAAGCACUCGCACAAAAACUUUCCAUUCGCUUCAAGUCAAGGUAUUCCAUGUGUCAACUGAUUGAAGUCAAUGCCCAUUCGCUGUUCAGCAAGUGGUUUUCUGAAAGUGGAAAACUGGUGGCCAAACUUUUCCAGAAGAUUCAGGAGAUGGUGGAAGAAGAAAGCAAUCUGGUAUUUGUAUUGAUAGAUGAAGUUGAAAGCCUUGCCGCUGCCAGACAGGCUGCCAUAUCUGGAUCUGAACCUUCAGAUUCCAUAAGGGUUGUAAAUGCGUUACUUACACAAAUGGACAAACUCAAGUCUUGGCCAAAUGUUAUAAUUUUGACGACAUCAAAUAUCACCACAGCUAUUGAUAUUGCAUUUGUUGACAGAGCAGACAUCAAGGCAUAUGUUGGCCCCCCUACUCUUCAAGCACGAUACGAAAUCUUGAGGUCAUGCUUACAGGAACUUUUGCGAGUUGGGAUUCUUACAUAUACUCAGGGUGGCAAUUCGGUUUGCAUUCUGAGUUAUUUUAGUCUGAAGGAGAAGCAGCACUGUUCUGAGUUCGCAGAACCUCACGGUUCGCUUCACCUCUCUAACCUACUGCAUAAAGCUGCAGAAAUAUGUGAGGGAUUAAGCGGCCGAUCAUUGAGGAAACUUCCUUUUCUGGCACAUGCCUCUGUUGCUAACCCUUCAUGCUGCGACGCUUCUACUUUCCUGCAUACGUUGAUACAGACUGCUCAAAGAGAGCUCUCCGAGUCUCGUGGCUAGAUGAUUCAUGCCCGUCACUUCGAAGAGCAAAUGGUUAGCAGUUCAAUUCAAGAUAGUUCUGAAGAGCAAGUCAGGAUAGCUGGAAGCUGGUCCAAAGUCUGAUGCUGAAUACCGGCAGACCCCUCUCAUAUCAUCGUUAGGUUUAGAAGAGAAGAAGCCCAGAAUUGAUCUGCUUUGAUACUUUUGU